GCCCACAUUGAAUUCUAGGUCCCCUUUGAGAAUCUGGGGAAAAGGGGAUGACCACAGGAACCGGACGUUCGCGGAGCUUGACCAGUUCUCAACCUCUCCUCUCUGCGGGCGGGGAAACCACUUGGGCUUCACGGUCGAACCGGGGAACAACGAGGGCGUCUGGGCCAGAAGGAGGGCCAGGGCCGGAGGAAAGCGUCCUGGGCAGCGAACUGCUCGCCCGGGCGCCGCCGCCGCCCCGCCCGUCGGGCGUCCGCCCCGCCCACCCCGAGUGAGGCGGAGCCCCGAGGAGCAGGAGCUGGAGGAGGAGAGGUCGGAGCUGUCUCCAGGAGCCCUUAGACACCGAGUCCCCGGCGGCGGCGGCGGCGGCUGUGGGACAGCGCACCGGCAGAUUCAUUCCACCACUUAAAACCUGACAGCCUUGGGCCACACAGAGUCUCACUGAUUUCUGGUGAAAACAAUAACUGAAGAUGUCCAGCAAAACAGCAAGCACCAACAACAUAGCCCAGGCAAGGAGAACUGUGCAGCAGUUAAGAUUAGAAGCGUCCAUUGAAAGAAUAAAGGUUUCCAAGGCGUCUGCGGACCUCAUGUCCUAUUGUGAGGAGCAUGCCAGGAGUGACCCACUGCUGGUCGGGAUUCCAGCUUCAGAAAACCCUUUCAAGGAUAAAAAAACUUGCAUCAUCUUAUAGUGGAAGAGUGAAACAGUCCCUCACCUCUUGUCAACAAAGCAAAUUAUGAGCAGCUUCCUGGAGAGAUUUCCCCUUAGCUUAUUUGGUAACCACUGCUAAUAACUAAAAUGCUCUUACCUUGGAAAAUGGACUCUGAGGUCUUUAUUCUCCAAAUUGUCCUUUCUCUAAAAUACCCCCCACUGAUUUAAUAGAGUAACUGUCUUGUUUUCCAUUUGUUAACUGUGGUGUCAUAUUGGGUUACUGUUGAAGGAAAGUUGGUCUGGCCCUUUUUAAAAACACAUAGACUUUUAAAUAUACAUGUCAUUCAAUAUGUCAAGUCCUAAAUUGCCUAAGCACCUGUCUAGAUUAAAAUGCCAAGAAUUACUUAAAUACUAAAACCUUUUAACUCAUUUUAUGUUCUUAAUAAGAGUUUGUGCCAACUUGUACGGUAUAUGGGGGGUGGGGGGUAAGAGGGUGUUGUUUCAUGUAUAUGUAUAUGCUUUGUGUAUACACAUAUGAAAGAGCUUAUUUCCUAAUUAAAACUUUUUUCUCUCCAUUAUCAGUUCCUCAACUCCAGAAGUUAUAAAUUUAUCGUGAGCUGUAGGUAGGUAGAAUAAAAAUUCUUUUCAUGGAGUUACCUUACAAAAAGUACAGGACAUCCUAAAAAUUAUAUUCAUUGUAGAUCAAAUAAUGAAGUCAUCUCUCCUGUCUUGAAUCCUUGCUGGACCUCUUGGGCUACAGAAAACUGCCAAUUAAAAUUUAAAAACUUAACUAAAAUGCCUUUAUAUAAUAUGAGGUAUUAAUCUACAAGGGGCCUUUGGGCUUUGGUGACCCUGGAACUGGAAAAGGGGAGGAGACCCUGGGUGAGGACCUUGGACCACCGUGCACCCAGGGUUCAUGAUGGAUGAAGAGUAGACACCUCUGAAAUUUCCUCCUGUUGAUUGGAAUGAGGCAGACAGAGGGACCACGAGCCUGGCCACAAGAGGAGCAGGAGUAUAUAAAAACCAGCUCUUGUGCGCCUGGCUUUUCACAUUAGUCCUCUUUCUCUGCCUUCCCUUUAUCUUUCCCGCUAGAGCGUCUGAUUUCGGAGGUAAUAACGUCCAUGUCCCCAGCCCCAGGUGGGUGGAACAUAGUGAGAAAGAAACACAGCCAUAAAAAAAUGUACAAGUGUCAAAACACUUAAACUCUUUUCAAAUAUCUGCAGUUUUCAUUGCCGUUCUGCCCACAAACCAUUCCAAGAGGCGUGGUCUGCUACUUGGGCCCACCUGUUCUAGCAGCUGGGUACUGAGUUCCUUGGUGUUCCUCUGGGCAUGAAUAUAUAGCCUUCACAUCCUCGGAAUUUCCAGUAGGAACCCCAAAAGAAGGACUCUUGUGUAGCCAGAGGAGAUUUUGACUUUAUCACAGAGGAAGAGAGAGUCCUUUUUAAUAUGCUGGCUUAGAAACCCAAGCCGUACACUAGGCCUUUGAUAUUUUGAUUCAACUUCAGUUCCUUAAACGUAACUACUCCCUGAGUGGCCCUGCCUUGUGGAACACUGUGUCCUGCCUGGGGAACUUUGAGUUUAAUAAAACCUUUAAAACUUCUAAAAAAGUAACUACUUAAAACCUAGUCAGUCUCAAAAAAGAUCCAACCCCCGAGAAGGAAUUAUUAACAGUGGUUUUCCCUAAGUCUGUACAGUCUGCCCUCCAGUGCAAGCUGCUCUGAAAAUCUAAUGUUUGGGCUUGGUGUAUUAUGCUAAUUGUGUGUGAGCAAAUGCAGCGCUAUUUUAAAACUGCUCAGAUUCUGUAAUUCUCCCAGUCACCUUUCAGCAUUGUGAACUGCCUGCACUUUUCCAAGACCUUGUGAGAAUCGAGCCACUGCCCUUAACCUUUUGUCAUCUACUGCUUGGCUCUGCAUGUGUGCCCAGUUCCCAAGUAAGUGAGAGGCACCCGUUUAGGAGAGAGAACAGUUUCACACUUCAGGAAGGUGAAAUUUGAAAUGUACACUAAAAAGACGACUUUACGUUUAAUGCUUUACUUAAUGAGACAUUCUUUUUUUUAUAUUUUUCUACUAAUAGUUUCAGAACACUAAGCUUAUGUUCACUCGAUGUUUAACGUGUUUCUUUAGGUAUUUAUAAUGCAGCUUAUUACAAGAUAUUUUCAUGAAAUUACUUUUAUUAUGCCAUUAUAUACACAUUAUCAGUAGCAAGUAGAGUUUAUUCUCUAGUACUAAACAUUCUCUUUUACCCAACAGAAAACAAAUAUAUUUUGCUAUGUAUGUGUUAUGCUUGUAGUGGUAAGGAAUGGAUUUGAGGUCACAGGAGAUUUCAUUUUCUUUUCACUGGCCAGAUAUAAUAAAGGAUAUGAGUAUAAAUGUCGUAUAACUUACUAACCAGGUAUAGGGCAAGUUCAAGAAAAAAAAUGAAUCAAAUCCUUUGAUGCCGAACCCAAGGGGAGGGAGGAAAAGUAGCUAAAUGUUUAUUUACUUACAAGUAGAAGUCUUUGUGAAAAAAUAUAAUAUAUGUAUACAUAUAUGUGAUAUACAGAAGUCACUUUUAUUUAUCAGGCUUUAUUCUACUUAUGAAGCCAAGCUUAACUGUUCUGCAGUAACUGGUUUAUGAUAAUGAUAGAAAAAUGUCCAGUGCGUGUUAUUUUUCCAACUCUCAGUAUGAUGACACGCUUACAUGUACACAUGCAACUUCUCGACUUCAUUUCCAUGAAGCUGUGUUCAAUAUACUGUCUUUAGUGCUGCUUGUAUUAACAGUAAUCUCUUUUCUUUUUUUCAUUCUGAUAUCUUCAUUAGUUCAUCAUAAAUCUGUGCAAUUGAAGCCUCAGCACCGUGGCAAGAUAGGCUAGACAAAAUAUUAUGAUUCCAAAGUAUUUCACAGAAGCACUUUUUUUAAAUUGGGAAAACACUCUGUACACCAGGUGGUUCACAAACUAUGUGCUGGAGCUAAAUACUUUUUUUUUUUUCUUCUUCUUAUACGGAAUUGGGUCUUGAAAUGUCCCUAUGUUAUUAAAAUGAGAAGUGCCAUACUUAUUAAGGGAAAGAUCUGAUUUGCUUUGUCUCUGUUUGGACUGUAUUUAUACUUUGCUAAUCUUUAUACUAUCAGGAAAAAAAACUAUAGCAAUGAUUUCAUAAUUUUGCAGCGUAGGCUAAUUAGGCGGCGGAAGAUCUGCCAGGCUUUCUCUUACAAAGCCUUCUGUUCACCUGGUUUCUAAGGAAGAUGGUGUAUCUGACUGACUACUCAGCAUUUUGAUUUAAGAGAGAUAGGCCCGAGAAGUGAGUCACAGUACAUGUCAGUCUUUCAUCAUAAAAUAAAUAAAAUACCAGAAUAUGCUAUGGAUUUAUUGAUUUCUUGUAUGGUAGACCUGUGAAUAGGAAAAAAUGCAUCAAAUCAAAUAGAAUUAUAUGUAUAUUAAAAUAGAGCACUUAACCUGAAAUGGGUGGCCUGGAUAUUUGCCCUGUAUCAUUUUCUAGCCAACCCUGUGUGGUGUGACUUUGGACAAGGCACUUCACCUCUUUGGAUCUCCAUCGCUCCAUCUGUAAAAUGAGGGGUUUGAAGUAGAUGGUGGCUGAGAUCCCUUCCUGUUCUCAGAUGCAUCAAUCCAAUGGUCUUACCCCUCACUGGUCCUACCAACAUGUUGGUGCUAUCAGCUGCUUCAAAUAUAAAAUUGGUAUGUCUAUAAUGUAUGAUCAUUUAAUAGCUUGUGAAAGGCCUUUUUGUUAUAUAGCUUUUUUUUUUCCAGUUUUAUUGACUUGGUUACUGUAAUAAUUUUUAUUUUUAGCUGUGUAACUACAAACACACAUUCUCUUGAUGUCUCAGUAAAUUUGCAGUUGAUAGAUAGUUGAUGAGGUUUUGUUAUUGUAUAACAUUCAUUGCUACUCAUCUGUCCAGCAUCUUAUUAACCUUACCACUGUGACCAUUGUGUGUAAAUCUGUGCUAUGGAAAAAAUAAAAGCUUUUACUUCACAGAUAACAUGUUCACAGAUUUGGAAGAAGUUUCAUUAAAACACCAGUGCUUUCUUUACUGGGUCAGUGCCUC